UGUUUAUUUUGAUCAAACUUCAAUAUUUUUUUCUCAAACAAGACUCUCACAAGUACUUUUUCCACCUCCCAAAGUCCCCCAUCUUCUUUUAAUGGAGUACUCUUUCGUCCCCUUCCUCGUCUACUUCAUUGAGAGUUGGACUAUCCAGGAGGACCCUGUCACUGUAGUUUCAUUUUGAAGGAAAAGCAGGCUCAGCCUGCCUGAACGCAUGUGAUUCACGGAUCUUUAUCAAAACGGUGCAGAAAGGCAAACUACUUGCGCAACAUAAAAGAGACUCCACAAGAGAUUCUUUCGCUCCCACAUCAGUCACCCCUCUAAACUCAGACCCAUGGCCAUGAAUCUCACAAGCCCCAGAUACUUUCAAGCUCAAUCUAUAUUUGCUUCUAAUGGGGAAUCUCCAUUAGAGGCAAACACAAGCUUAUUCGGAAAAAGCAAGGAUAACCCAUUUGUAGACACCUUCCCUGACCCACUUUGCCAGCUUAAUCUCAAGGAGACCUCUGAUUUUGUCAAGUCAUUUCCAGUGGCAAACAACAUUACGGAAGGUGGAGGGUUUCUUGAGGUUUCAGCUCAGAGAGAGGGAGUGAACUCGGUCACUCGGAGGAGAAUAGAGGCUCCUCCAACUCCUGGCAGACCAGUUUUUAGCUUCAGUGUCGGUAAUCAUUCAAGAAAAAGCUUUCCUUCAAAGUGGGAUGACGCAGAGAAAUGGCUGAUGAGCAGCUCUUGCCAUGACUCUCCCGCUCACGCCACAAAGCCAUCAGAGUCCUCGAAGAUCACCAAACAGGCUGAUAGCUUUAAGCAACAAGUGGGGGUCUUUGCGGAGAAAUCAAGGGUCACCGAGGAAAAGGUCUCAAAAGUAGUUUCAACCUUUCAAGGUUCUGCGUCGUUGGACCAGCAUUAUUACUCUGUCAGAGCUCUCCCUGAGGUCUCAGCAUCAACAGAUGUUCUCCUAAAAGACAAGUUCACGGACGACAAAGAGCCCAUUUUGCCAAAUUUCAGAUACUCGGCGCCCACUAAAGAAGGGUUCUUAUUAAAAAACCUAGCGGGUGGAAGCAUGAAAGACGCGUGUACAGGCGUGGUUCAUGAGGUACAACACCGAGAUGCUGGGACGGAGAUGACUCCGCUUGGCAGUUCUACGACUUCUAGGUGCCACACGCCAUUCAAAAGCACCUCACCUGCCCGCCAUAACACGCCUUCGAAUAGGUCAGGACCAUUGGCCUUGGGGAACUCCAGCAGCAGCAACAGCACCAUUGACAUUGCCCAGCUGCAAGAGUGCCAUUUAGCCAAGCUACAACUUGGGACGCAAUAUGAUUCAGUCACCUCAAAUUGGAGUUCAAGGGAGGAGGAGGAAGAUGAAGUAUCAAAGAGCCUCAGACAUUUCGAUACGGAAAACGGUUGCAGGAAAAGUGUUUCAGACUCCAGAGCUGCCGCGUGGGAAGAAGAGGAAAAGACCAAGUGCUGCCUUAGGUAUCAAAGAGAAGAAGCAAAAAUCCAAGCUUGGGUGAACCUCCAAAGUGCAAAAGCAGAAGCUCAAUCAAGAAAGCUUGAGGUGAAAAUACAAAGGAUGAGAUCAAACUUGGAAGAGAAGUUGAUGAAGAGAAUGGCGGUUGUUCAUAGAAAAGCUGAAGAAUUGAGAGCAGCAGCCCAGCAGCAACACUCGGAGCAAACCCAGAAAGCCAGUGAACAAGCACGGAAGAUUAUGAACCGGCAUAACCUGCAUUUUCCUGGCCACAACUCGUGUGGUUGCUUCCCUUGCAAUAACUUCCAUUGAACUUGAAACAGAAAGACAUUCUCGAUUGUGCAAUGUGCAUUUCUAGUCCCCCAAUGAAAGGAAGGCUAUUUGUAGAGUAAAA